AUGAAGGGGUGGGAUCAGAGUUCAAACCAAAACCUCACGACGGGACCCCGUAGCUGUUAUCGAAUUUGGUUGGGAGACAAAAAGUGCUACACAACUCAAUUGUCCCAGUCCAGCCUCAGACUCUUCAACCACGUUGUCCAAACCAUGGAGAUCGCCACUGAACUCCCCACGCUUGCCUCCAACCUGUCGGAGAGCUGCCCUCCUGUGGACAUGACCACUGAGAACACUGUCUUCGGCUUCUUCUACAUCCUGGUCUUCUUCUUGGCUCUGAACGGAAACAGCCUGGCCUUAUGGAUCUUCUCUCACCAACGCGGCAGCAUCUCCUCUCCAGCUAACGUCUUCUUGGUCCACCUCGCCGUCGCCGAUCUCUCCUACGUGAUUAUCUUACCUCUGCGUGCCACCUACCACCUCACCGGCGGACACUGGCCUUUUGGGGAGGUGCCUUGCAGAUUGGCAGGGUUUUUGUUCUACGUCAACAUGUACGCUAGCUUGUACUUCCUCGCGUGCGUGGCUGGGGAUAGGUACCUUGCCGUCGUCCAUGCUGUGAGGUCUCUGAAAAUCCGCCGGGCUCGCUACGCUCACAUCAUUAGCUUUUCGCUCUGGGCUUUAGUCACGAUCUCCAUGGCCCCGCUACUUAUCUCGCAUCAAACUGCAGAAGUAAAUGGCGUGACGGUUUGUCUACAACUAUACCGCGAAAAAGCAUCACGCAACGCUUUGAUUUCCUUAGCGGUCGCAUUCAUGCCACCGUUCCUAGCUACGUUAUCGUGCUACCUGCUAAUCAUCAAGAGCUUGCACUAUGGUUCGAGACUGGAACCGACCCUUAAACUCAGAGCUCUCCGCACCAUUGGACUUGUGCUGAUGAUUUACGUUGUGUGCUUCUUGCCGUACCAUGUUAGCAGAGCAACAUUCAUUCUGGGACACGGCCAUCCCAGUGUUUCUUGUGGAGUUCGCAGAGGGCUAAGUUUGUCCAAUCGGCUAACCUCUUUCCUCACCUGCUUGAAUGGGGCCAUGGAUCCGCUGGUCUACUUGUUCGGAGCAGAGAAAUUUCGCGGGACUCUGACCAGACUUCUUUGCAAAGACAAAGGUACCUCGUCUGGAGCAACGAGCGGAGAGCUGAAGGCGACACAUGAAAGCUCUGUCAGCGCCAAGUCAGAGUUUUAA